CGAACAGUGAAGACGGGGAGACCGAGGGCAAGGAAAGCCGUCCGAGAAGUGGCUGAGCGUGACGUCACGAGCUUUCCUGGACGUCAACAACAACCUGCGGCGUCAAAACCUGACAGCGGCGGUUCGCGUGCAAGGAGUCACAACCGCUUCUUCAAGCCGCAGCCACUACCUCGCUGUAUUGUUUGAAGCCAUUCCAGCAACGCCACAGCCUCCUGCCUAGGCUGAUCUUUCUCUUUUAUUCACACGCGCACAAGAAAAGGGCGAGCAUAAAGUGCUGGGACGCUAUCCGGGCUAGGGAAACCCAUUGCUCUCCCCACCACUUCCCGUGCCAGGCUGAGUCACCGCUGGAGAGUGGGAAGGUCUGGUGAGAGAGAACGAGGGAGAGAGAGAGAGAGAGUGGGGAGGGGAGGGAGAGAAGAAACAACCAGGAGAGGAAGAGGAGACACCACUUGUGUGUGUGCGUGUGUGUGCGUGUGUGUGCGCGAGUGUGGAUGAGUGUGAGAGGCCGACAGAGCGAGCUACAGGGAGAGCACGAGUGAGGGAGAAAGACACCACCGGCAUCGAGGCUGGGAGGCACCAUGAGCGAUGUCACCAUCGUCAAAGAAGGCUGGGUGCAGAAACGGGGAGAAUAUAUCAAGAACUGGAGACCUCGCUACUUCCUGCUGAAAACAGAUGGCUCCUUCAUAGGUUACAAGGAGAAGCCACAGGACGCAGACCUACCCUAUCCUCUCAAUAACUUCUCUGUUGCAAAAUGCCAGCUGAUGAAGACAGAACGACCAAAGCCCAACACAUUCAUCAUCCGAUGUCUUCAGUGGACCACCGUCAUAGAACGGACCUUCCAUGUCGACACGCCGGAGGAAAGGGAUGAGUGGACGGAUGCCAUCCAGAUAGUAGCAGACAAACUCCAAAGACAGGAGGAGGAGAGGAUCCAAUGCAGUCCCACGUCUCAGAUAGACAACAUCGGGGAGCUGGAGGAGAUGGACACCUCCACCAGCCACCACAAACGGAAGACAAUGAAUGACUUUGACUACUUGAAGCUACUGGGAAAAGGCACUUUCGGUAAAGUAAUUCUAGUAAGAGAGAAGGCUAACGGCAAAUAUUAUGCAAUGAAGAUUUUGAAGAAAGAAGUGAUUAUUGCAAAGGAUGAAGUGGCACACACACUCACAGAGAGCAGAGUAUUAAAAAACACUAGGCACCCAUUCUUAACCUCUUUGAAGUAUUCGUUCCAGACUAAGGACCGCCUGUGCUUUGUAAUGGAAUAUGUCAAUGGUGGAGAGCUGUUUUUCCAUUUGUCGAGAGAGCGGGUGUUCUCUGAGGACCGCACGCGAUUCUACGGCGCUGAAAUAGUCUCGGCUCUGGACUACCUGCACUCCGCCAAGAUUGUGUACCGGGAUCUCAAGUUGGAGAACCUAAUGCUAGAUAAAGAUGGACAUGUGAAAAUCACAGACUUUGGGCUCUGCAAGGAAGGAAUCACAGAUGCUGCUACUAUGAAGACUUUCUGUGGUACGCCAGAGUACCUCGCUCCAGAGGUGCUGGAGGACAAUGACUAUGGCCGGGCAGUGGACUGGUGGGGUCUGGGCGUGGUCAUGUACGAGAUGAUGUGUGGUCGGCUGCCUUUCUACAACCAGGACCACGAGAAGCUGUUCGAGCUCAUCCUCAUGGAGGACAUCAAGUUCCCGCGCACACUGUCGUCAGAUGCUAAGUCACUGCUAUCAGGACUUCUCAUAAAAGACCCCAACAAAAGACUUGGAGGAGGUCCAGAUGACGCAAAAGAAAUCAUGCGACACAGUUUCUUUGCUGGAAUCGACUGGCAAGAUGUUUAUGAUAAGAAGCUCCUACCUCCCUUUAAGCCUCAGGUGUCAUCGGAGACGGAUACCAGGUAUUUUGACGAAGAAUUCACCGCACAGACGAUUACAAUAACUCCCCCAGAGAAAUUUGAUGAAGACGGGAUGGAUUGUAUGGACAACGAAAGGAGGCCACACUUCCCCCAAUUUUCCUACUCCGCAAGUGGGAGGGAAUGAGAGCUAUAUCCAGUCACUAUCACCGCCAUUGGAAGGUUACCUGUGGAAAGUUACAGCAUAAAACCAACCUAACCCCUCCUCUCUCCAUUCGGGUCCUGCCAUUCCAUAGAGAGCCAGGAGAACCAUAUGUUUUAUGUCAAUGGUGUUUUUCAUUGGGAUUUUGCACGUAUGGUCAGGCAGAAGUUAAGCUCUGUUGGUAGUUCCUAAGAGUUUAACGGUGUUUUUGUUAUGGUUGAUUUCUUACGGGAUGGUAUUUAAAGCCUUGCAACUGACUCGAGGAGUCAAAUGGGUUGGUUGUGAUGUGUCUUUAGUUCUUUCUGUUCUUUUUUCUAACUGAGAUACAUUUCUAUCUGCUGUAGGAGCCUCUCAUUCCAGGUAGGAACAGAUGCUGUCUUUAGCAUUUUAAUUCAAAAUAGGACAGUGUACCAUAGCUUGAGAUUCACAGGAGAUUCUCCACUUGUUCGCUGUGUGAUGGUCCGCAAAUGUAAAAAAAAAAAUUGCUUUUUGUCUUGACUUAAUGAUAUUUGGGUUUACACUGUAUUCUUUGGUGUGUUGCGUGUAUUGAAAUAAUUUCAUUUUUGUUAAGUUCUAGGAUUUCUGUUUUUCGGAAUUCCAAAACUGCCAGAAAACGGUUCACUCAGGCUUCACGGAGAUCAAUCUGUGUUCAACUCAGUAAUCAACAGGUAACUGCUACUACCACUGGCUUUACUCUGCAGGUCAAACCAUAGGAGCUAUCAAUAUAGACCACCUCCACUACUUCUCAUGGACUCUAUGAUGGUAGUUUCAGAUAUUAAACUAUUAAGUGUGAUGUUAAUAUAAGAUAUUUAAGGCGUGUGCAAAAAGAAAACUCUAGUCUGUCGGUUGAUAAGCUGUGAUUUUCACUUUCUCCUAUUAGUGAAAUCAUUUGUUUGAAUAGUGUGAGCGCUUCUGGGAUUUUGCUAUGCCAAUGCUAUGUAUUGAAUGGAAGUAAAUGUGUAUAUACUGAGAGUCUAAAGACACAACUGUUGGCUGUAAACUCCUGUGAAUCUGAGCUAUGCGUUGGCUAAAACAGAAAGGUUCACCUCACUGUCUGGCUGGGAGAGAAAUGAAGAAAGGUAUAGGUACAUGUGUUCAGGUCAGAAUCCAAUCAUCCAAUUUUAACUGGCUCAAGGUAGACGUUUCCUAAAACCGAGCAUUAUGUAAAUAGGCUAUGCCAAGCUUUAUUUUAGACAUAUCAUCACUAGAUAAUAAAACCAUUCCAAAACACACCUUCAUAGAUGUGAUUGAGAAAUGCAAGAUGGCGACUGUUUAUUGUUGGAUGCUCCUCCUUGAUUGUGUAAGGGGAGGAGCAAAUGAAGUUAGGAGGGUUGUGCUAAGACCAUAAGAAGGGUGAAUGAAUUUGAAAAAUCUGACCGGGGUUGAGAGAUCUGCGAUAUUAUUUGAUGAACAGAAGUAAGAGGCAUUGAUAUUGUUUGAUUUGCACCACAGAAAUGGCUUUCUAUGGUUUUAUUUAUUUGUUCUUUUGUAUAAUGUUCUUGUUUAUAUGAUUAGGAGUAAUGACCAGUCAUUUGAUCUGGAUGAAAAAGGCACCUGGAAUAAUGGCUUAAGAAUGUAGAAGAAAAGGCCUUGUUGUUUUCUUUUGAUAUUUUUUUUUUGUUUCUUUCUUCUCUUACCAAAAUAUGAUGAUGAUGAUGAAAGACACAGCGGACAGCAAAUUAAAGAGUUAUAUCAGUACCCAGGUAGUAUUAUUAAACAUUUUCCAUAAGACUUCUACAUUUCAGGGGCUUCUCUCUUUAACAUAAUCGUAUGUUCUGUAACCAGAGAUGUGUCUGCGGUGUUAAAACCUAAAAGUUGUCUUCUACACAAAUGUAAGGGCUUUAUUAGCUACCACUUCCUUUCCGUUCCAAUUGGUACAAAGCUACUGUCGUCUUCUAGUAUCCUGUAAUACAUGCAAAUACACAUGCAUGGUGCAGAACACUCUUCCACACGCAAACACUUGGUACUUUAUUACAAUUGCUUAUUAACGCAUUGCACGUUCAAGCUGUUUUUUUGUUUUACCUCCCGCUUUUCUAGAACAAGAAACUUAAGACAUAAGAAUGAAUAACUUAAGCACUUACAAAGGCAAUACACAUUCAUUGGCUUUAAAGUUGAGUGUUUUGAAGAAUAGCUUACUGUUUAUUUAGUUUACUGGUGAAAUGGGAUGCAGACUCGUGGGCCAGUGUUCCACAUCUGUAGGUGGACAUGCUGUGUGUGUGUGGUCACACUGUCAUGGCGGACUGUUUCGAGAUCUUCUAAAACACCUCACAGUGCCACUUGGAAUGUGUUUUUACUGAACAUUAUUGUGUUGUAUUACCAUAGAUAAUAGUCAACAGCCAAUCAUUUUUGUAGGCAGUCACUCCAUUGCAGAGUAUCAGCUAGUCAGUGUAGGUGAUUGAUGCCAGCCUGAUGCCGCUGUACAUGUUGACUGGCGUCGUUUAUUAAAACAGUGUUUGACAUGCAGUAAGUUGUUGAGACAUGGCAAAUAAUGGUACAGCAUUCUGUCCUGCUCUAUCCACUCGUCACGAGUAAGCCUUGCUUGGAAGGAAUGCGACUUUCAAUUCUUGAUUGAAAGAACAUGCAGAGUUCACACAUUCCUGAUUAAGUGGUUACUUUCAAGUCCCUUUUCAGGUAUUUCAUUGUUUAGGUUUAGUGUUCAGUAUAUUCCACGAGUGGUUUUCGAAGCAUGUGUGCUGUCAUGCUAAUGUCAGUUCAGAAGCAAAACAUAUUUUUGUAGAGAACACACUCCUGUCUGUGAUGUGAGCUGACUAAGAGUUUGAUUGUGAAUGUAGUCAUGUGGAUGAGAAAGACAAACUGAUGUGACUGAUUUCUUGUUUAAUGUUUAAUAAUUUGACUCAAAUUUGAUGUAAUUGAAGAGGUCCAAUCAGUGCCGGCUCUAGCCAUUUGGAGGCCCUAGAAGGUCAGGGGCCCCCUAGAAGUCAGGGCCCUAAGCGACCGCUUAUGUUGCUUAUGCCUGGAGAUGGACCUGGGUCCAAUAAGUGGGAAGAAGAGUACGUUGAAAAAGAAAGAAGUAUAUUGGGAAUGACAUUACUGUGGUAUUGUCAUUCUCACGUUUGUUUCGAUCCACCUUAGAUUUUGUUAGACCAGCAGCUACCUGGGAUCCCUUAAUAACAGAAAACAUGACUGUAAAAAACACUUGAAGACCACUGAGAAAAAGUAUUUAAUACAAAGUAAUGCAAACAAUACAAUUUAAUAAACACAACAAUAGAAACAAGUUUUAAGCUUUGAUUCUGGGAUGAGGAGUCAUCUGGCAGAACUAAUCCCGAGGUGGAUAUGGGAUUUCAUUAGGAUCCUCAUUAGCUACCACCAAAAUGUCACUGUAAAACAUCUGAAAUGGAGACGUCCCAUACUUCGGUAAAGCAGGGUGCGUGUGGUUUAAAGACCCUAUUGCCAGCUGACCAAUGUCGAUGUUCAGUUGUGAUGUAAGUAGAAAAUCAUCUCUUCUCAGAAGAUAAGACUGUCAAAUAUGAUUUAGUAAGUACAUAUUAUUUGUCUUAGCGGUUUAUUAUAAAUGACUGUCGGCCUGUUGUUUUUUUUUAAUACUGCCAAUAAUGUGUCUGGGAAGAAUAAUCUGGAGACAAACUGCUAUCUGAACAACUGUGCUGUAAUCACUAACCCCUAAGCGUUCAAGUGUGUAUGCUCUGGUCUGAGAAAUGUGGUUAAUCAGCCUGUUGGCUUUCCUCUUUUUCUUCCAAGAUGCAUUCCUUUUUUUCUUUUUUGAUGGUUUCUAUGUUUUGACUGAAGAAGGAAAAUGAUACAGCAUCAGUCAAAAGUUUGCACACACCCAUUACACUUACCUAUUCACUUGAAUGGGCAAGUGUGUCCAAACUUCUGACAUAAAAACCUUGGUUAAUAGAGGUUUGGCUUUUAUGGCCUACUGUGUGAUUUCUUUGAUUCAUUUUUAUUCAAGGAUUGUUUUUUAUUUUAUUUAUCGAUGGACAACUUGAAGUUUUUUUGUUAAAUUUAUUUUUUAUUUAAAAUGGUUGACUGUUAAUUUUUUUUAUGUUUAGCUGUCAUAAUGUUAUAGUCUUCAGUACUGCGGCUAAUUGUGAUAAUGAGGUGAAAUUCUCCACAAUUUAUACUAGUCAUACAAAGAUUGCUGUUUCUUAAUUUCUCAGACCCAGAACUCAAAUGUGGCGUUUAUGAGUCAGAAUCUAGAUGAGGAUUUCCUAAAGAAACACCUUGUAAAGAGAGGCUGUGGCAAGAUCCAAACCACCAUGCAUCAUGGGUAAAUUGUGACUGACUGACUGAUUUGCAUAAAGAGUUUUUAUGAUGCAAGGUAAUCAGUAAUUUGGUAGUUGCCUACAGACAUUUUGAACACACACAAGGAGACUAACCCUUAGAGAUGUCUCCAGUCCCCACCCCCUAAAAGGAAAUACUAAGAAAUACUUAUGAAAUGGACAAAAUCUCUCCUCCGAAAUUCAAAAUAGGCUAACUUCUGCAAAAUGUUUAUUUGUCCAAAUGAUCAGUGGCAAAACUCUGUGCAAACCUCUGUGUUAGUUGCAUGCUGUAUGUUGAUAUUCACCUAUACCAUCCUAUGUUUUCACCCUCUGUCCACCCCAUACAGAAAAAAUACAUUUAAAAUCUAUUUUUUUAAAGCAUGUUAAAUAUAAAACGAAUUGCCAAAUUGUCUUUUUUAUGCAUAUUGAAAUAUAUUUUAAUGCGGGACAUACAUUUGUGAAUAUUUCUGGAAAACAUACGGCACAUCUGUUUGGAAAUUACUAUAAAUCAUUUUAUUUUAUUGUUAAUAUUUUUGGGGAGUACACUUUAUUGAGACCGUUAAGCAAUGACAGAAGAUAUGUGGGAGGCAGAUUGAAGAGUUGGAUUUGGAAAUAUAACUAUGGUCUCUGGUGGAGAGAGGUUAUGUCUGUCUGUGCUGGGAGCAUUAGCACCAGACAACAGUCUCUGCAUGUUUGGAAAUUAUUUUGCUGAAAUAAUAUUUGCUUUGGAUUUUUCAGCCAUUUUUUUUCGGUAUGGGGUACGAGAGCUUACUUCAGACACAGAAGAUGUCACAAUUUGCUACUCUGAAAUGUGACAUACUUCAAUGUCAUCAUUUAUGAAUAUGCACUUGUAAAGAAAUGUAUCAUCUGUUUUUUAUAAGGACAUGUUAGGAGAAGAGGGAAUGGGAUUUUAAGGGGAAUGCUGUGUUGCAUGCAGAAGGCCUUAUUGACACAUUUUACUCUAUACUAGGGCCAUUCUCAACACAGGCCAAAAAGACAUUAUCUUUUUGAUUCCAUGGGGGUAAAAAAUUGUCAUGAGGCUAUGGCAGCACUUUCAAGUCCAUUGCUCCUUUUAUAAGAGAACAUCAACAAAAUGCCCCCUGCUUUAGAAAAAACAAACGUUUAUAGAAAACAUACUAUCUAUGAUGAGAAUUAGCCCCUGAUACAGUCCAGGCUUCCUGUCGUCAUGUAUUUUUUAGAUUUCUUUUUAAUAUUGACAUAAUGAAGCAUAGAGGACAGUGUGAUGACAACAGGCCAGGAGAAGCUGCCAGGAGAACUUCAGCGGAGUAACACUGACCAGAUCUGAACGAUCGACUGGAUCCAUCUCAGCAAUGCCGUAAACAUGGAGCUCAUUCAGUUCCACUGGUGGGUUGAAUCUUGGCAGUUGAACCCAGUUGUCAACACUAAGACCAGAUGCAUUUUCAACUUGUAUGUGAGGUGUAUUAGGUACAACAUCAACCUAGGAAACCCAAAUGUUUUUUUUCUGCCGGGAAUUUGCUACCACGGUGUGAAGCAUUUGGUUCAACGGUCAAGAUAAGUGCACUGCCACCCACUAGGGUUAGCCGUGCGAUCUUCUCCACACCGACGAACUACAAUGUGGGUUCUAUCCUUACUAAUUGCAGGGUCUGAAUAAUCUGUUUUCCACCUCAAUGUACACACUGCUGCUACUGUCUGAAAUGUCUACGACAGAUUGUCUUAUUAUCUAGCUCCUGGUAGUGUAUUAUAAAUGAGCAUGAAUUGUAAUGUAUUUAUUUAAAAACAAAAAAGACAUAGCUGUCGGAUUAAUACCUCCACAAACAAAUGAACAAGGGUAAACUUUUUUUUUUUUUCUUCAUCUAAGGAACAUACAAUGAGGAAACUUGAGCUAAUUUGAAUAUGAUGAUCAUGUGAUGAAACAAGUAGAGUGAGUGUUGUGAAAAUGGGACACUGUGCACCUGCAAAGAUUUCCACUUCAAAGCUUAAAUGUUCCAUUUGGCUAUUUGUCCCAUUUUCAUAAGUCACCCAACCUUCAUUCAAAUACAUGGAAACAAAAAUAAUAAUUUGCAAAAUUGCUAUGAGAUUUUCAUCUGACAGCAAUGUAAUAACUUGUAAUUAAUUUAAUGUCCAUGUAGCUUUAGAGUUUGACAUUUUCUUGACCUUGCUAGCUCUGUCAUUAGGUCCGUGUAAAAGAUCUAGUCAUAUGGUUAAGAAUUUUGAAGCAAAGGGAUGAUGUCUCAAAUGAAAAAGAAAACAAUUGUAUCACUAUCUGUCUUGUUUAAAGAAAAAGGUUUAUUUCCUAGUAAAUGGGACAAACGGGGAUGUGAAAAUGAUGUGAUCCGCAAGAAUCUGUUUUUGUACACUGUACAUCCUUAGUAUUUUUACACGUAAACGUAUAUGAUAGGGAUGCCCAUUUUCCUUCUUACAGACAGCUUAAAUAAAGCAAAUUGUCAAUCUGCCA